AUGGCUCCUUCUGCCCUUAGGGUUUACUCUACUACUCCUAUCUCUUCGUCUCCUUCGGAGGUUUCCGUCAAGAGAGUUGGUACUCAUAAUGGAAGCUUUCACUGCGACGAGGCUCUCGGUUGCUUCAUGAUCCGCCUCGCCGAUAAGUUCUCCGGCGCUGAUAUCAUCCGUACUCGUGACCCCAAGAUAUUGGCAGAACUUGAUGCAGUGCUCGAUGUUGGAGGUGUGUAUGAACCGGAGCAUGACCGGUAUGAUCAUCACCAGAAAGGGUUUGAAGAGUUGUUUGGACAUGGAUUCAACACCAAGCUCAGUAGCGCCGGUCUCGUUUACAAGCAUUUUGGAAAGGAGAUCAUAGCAAAGGAACUAAACGUUGAGCAAGAUCACCCGGAUGUUCUUCGCUUGUUUGUAGCUGUCUACAAGAGCUUCAUGGAGGCGAUUGAUGCUGUGGACAACGGGAUAAAUCGGUAUGAUACAGAGAAGCCUCCACGGUACGUGAACAACACACAUCUGUCUUCAAGGAUUGGAAGAUUGAAUCUGGAUUGGAUUGACCCUGACCAGUCUCAAGAGAAGGAGAAUGAGGCUUUCCAGCGUGCAAUGGCUCUGGCUGGGAAAGAGUUCCUCGAAAGUGUAAGAUUUCAUGCAAGGUCGUGGUUACCGGCUCGGUCAAUCGUGAUGCAGUGCCUUGAAGAGAGGUUCAAAACCGACCCAAGUGGUGAGAUCAUGGAACUGAAAAAGUUUUGCCCUUGGAAGCUUCACUUGUUCGAGCUUGAGCAAGAGAUGAAGAUCGAACCUCUCAUCAAAUACGUCAUCUACCAGGACGAGCGAGGGAACCAGUGGAGAGUGCAAGCAGUGGCGCUUGCACCAGACAGGUUUGAGAACCGAAAGGCUCUUCCAGAGCAAUGGAGAGGCCUCAGAGAUGAGGAGCUCUCUAAAGCUGCUGAGAUCCCUGGCUGCGUCUUUGUCCACAUGAGCGGCUUCAUCGGCGGUAACCAAUCCUACGACGGAGCCCUAUCUAUGGCGAGAACCGCCCUCACUCUCUGA